AUGUCCCACGCAACGGCAACGACGUUUACAAUUACGACUUCAAAUGCAACGACGACCACUUCGGUUGUCACGUCGUCGUCGUUAGUACAACCGAACACUUCCAUCAUUACAACUGGAGUAGGCUCGCAAUCGACCACCGCGGCAUUGUCGUCAUCGACGUCAACUUGCACUGCCGCAGCCAUAGCUGAUGCUUUUGAUAUAUUCGACCAUAGUGGCAAUAGGACCAUCGACGUACGUGAACUGGGCACGGUACUCCGUUACUUGGGUUACGUACCGUCACAGGCUGACCUGAGGGAACUUGCGGUAAACGUUGAAGACCACGAAGCGACUGGUACUGUACAUCUGGCGGCAUUUUUACCGUAUGUUGAAAACGCCAUUAGUGAAUACAAGUAUCAGCCAGCGUCGGCGUCCGAAUUACUAAGCGCAUUUCGUGCAUUGGAUCCUGAAAGGACCGGCACCAUAAGCCGCGAUUGUAUGGAAUCGGCGCUCAGACAUGACGGAGAACCGUUCGAAGACGAAGAACUAGAGGAAAUGAUGUCCGCCGCUGCUGUAGAAACAGCCGCAGGUGGCAUCGUCAUACCAUACGAACUCUACAUCAAUAAAAUUUUAGUGACAAAAUGGGACACAGAACAGUAUGGUAGUAAUACUACAACUGUAACUACCACUAACUCAAAAAUAUCGAAUAAAAAAUAAGUCAUAAUAUUAAAAUUUAUAUAGAUAAUACAGUCAUUUUGUAUCAAAC